AUGAGGGCACCAUUGCAGACCAUGAUGUGCCUGGGGUUGUGGGCAGCUGCCCUACUCUGCUUGUUUUCCCCUGGCACCGUGCGAGGUGACUGCUGGCUGAUCGAGGGGGACAAAGGUUAUGUGUGGCUGGCCAUCUGCAGCCAGAACCAGCCCCCGUACGAGACCAUCCCCCAGCAUAUCAACAGCACUGUGCAUGACCUGCGUCUGAAUGAGAAUAAGCUCAAAGUGGUGUUGUACUCCUCCCUCAACCGCUUCGGGAACCUGACUGAUUUGAACCUGACUAAGAAUGAGAUCUCCUAUAUUGAGGAUGGGGCUUUCAUGGGCCAGUCAAAUCUCCAGGUCUUACAGCUGGGCUACAACAAACUCACCAACCUUACAGAGGGCAUGUUGCGGGGCAUGGCCCGUCUCCAGUUUCUCUUUGUGCAGCACAACCUAAUUGAGCUGGUCACUCCUACUGCCUUCUCUGAGUGCCCCAGCUUGAUUAGCAUUGACCUGUCAUCUAACCGUCUCAGCCGUCUGGAGGGGAACACUUUCACCAGCUUGAGCAAUCUGAUGGUGUGCGAGCUGGCUGGCAACCCCUUCAACUGCGACUGUAGCCUCUACAGCUUUCUUAACUGGCUGGCACUCUUCAACAAUGUCACCAAGAACUAUGACCGGCUCCAGUGUGAGACUCCACGGGAAUUUGCUGGGUACCCACUCCUGGUACCUCGGCCUCACCACAACCGCAAUGCCAUCACCAUCUUUCAGUCCAUGUGCAGAGGUGGCACCAUCCCCUCGCUCUCCAGGGUCAACCCCACCCCUUAUACCCCUGACUCUCAGCGAGACCUGGAUGAAGGCUCAGCUAUCAGCCCUGGGGACUUCCUCUCAGUCAAACCUCCUGCCUCCUCCACCACUGACUCCUCCUUCAGUCCCAGCAUUAAGCUCCAUGAUGUCACCAUCACCUCAGCUAUCCUGAUGGUAACCAUUCCCAUGCCCUACAGUAAGAUGUAUGUGCUGGUCCAAUACAACAACAGCUAUGUUUCUGACAUAGCAACACUGAAGAGCAAGAAGGAAUAUGUCACUGUCAACAAGCUGAAGGCCCACACUGAUUAUACGUUCUGUGUGGCCUCCAUCCGCAACAACAGGCGCUACAAUCACACUUGCUUGACCUUUGCAACCCGGAGCAAAGGCAGGGAAGACCCUAUUUCCAGUACUUCCACCACCACUCACUAUAUCAUGACCACCCUGGGUUGUCUCUUUGGGAUGGUCAUUGUCUUGGGGGUGGUGUACUACUGUCUGCGGAAGCGGAGGAUGCAGGAGGAGAAGCAGAAGUCCCUCAAUGUCAAAAAGACCAUUCUGGAAAUGCGUUAUGGAUCAGAUAUUGAUACCAGUACCAUGGUCCAUCCUUCUCAAAAGCUGGGUGAGCCACCAGUCAUCCCUGUCUCACGGAUGUCCUCCAUCCCUUCCAUGAUUGGGGAGAAGUUGCCCCCAUCAAAGUCAAUGGAAGCAGGGUUGGAGACUCCUAAAGUCACCACUAAAGGUAACUACAUUGAGGUGCGGACUGGUGGUGGGGAUGGGCUGGAGCGAACCCAGCGGGAUGAAGACCUGAGGGAGCUUGACAAUGGGCAAGGCUCAGCUGCUGAGAUCUCUACUAUAGCCAAGGAGGUAGACAAGGUCAACCAGAUCAUCAACAACUGCAUUGAUGCUCUCAAGCUGGACACAGCCUCGUUCCUGGGUGGUGGGACUGGUGUUGACUCAGACAUGGCCUUUGAGUGCCAGUCCAUCCCAGCAGGUUCCUCGGGUGGGCUAGAGCGGCCCAGCUUUCUUUCCCCACCCUACAAGGAAAGUUCUCACCACCCUUUGCAGCGCCAGCUCAGUGCUGAUGCUGCUGUGGCCAGAAAAACCUGCAGCGUCUCCUCUAGUGGCUCCAUCAAGAGCGCCAAGGUCUUCAGUUUGGAUGUGCCUGACCACCCACCACUCAGCAAGUCUGACUCCAAAUACAUUGAGAAGGGCAGCCCACUCAACAGCCCUUUGGAUCGUCUUCCCUUGGUGUCCCCAGGCGCCAUCCACCACUUGGAGGUCAAGCCUUCUUACCAUUGCAGUGAGCACCGUCACUCCUUCCCGGCCCUGUACUAUGAGGAAAGUGCUGACACCUUGAGCCAGCGGGUGUCAUUCCUCAAGCCACUCUCCCGGUCCAAGCGAGACUCCACGUACUCCCAGCUCUCCCCAAGACACUACUUCUCGGGCUACUCCUCCAGCCCUGAGUACUCAUCAGAGAGCACCCACAAGAUCUGGGAGCGAUUCCGGCCUUACAAGAAGCACCACAGGGAGGAGGUUUACAUGGCGGCUGGGCAUGCCCUGCGGAAGAAAGUUCAGUUUGCCAAGGACGAGGAUCUGCAUGACAUCCUGGAUUACUGGAAAGGAGUCUCUGCUCAGCAGAAGCUGUGA